AUGAGCAAGAAGAUAGCUAUACCAAAACAGUCCAAUGUGACUUGUAUAUCAUGGAAUCAUGCAUCAGGUUAUAUAGCUGUUGGAGGUGAAGAUGGAAUGUUGAAAGUGUUAAAAUUGGAGUCGGGUGGAGGAGGAAAUCUUUCCAUGAACCUAACGUUAGAGGGCCACACUGGUCAUUUAAAAGUUGCUAUAUGGAAUGAGGUUUUUCAGAAACUCACAACUAGUGAUGAACAUGGUGUUAUUAUUGUUUGGAUGUUGUAUAAAGGGUCUUGGUAUGAAGAGAUGAUUAAUAACAGAAAUAAGUCUACAGUAUCAAGUAUGGCCUGGGGGUCUGAUGGUCAAAAAAUCUGUAUUGCAUAUGAAGAUGGUGCAGUGAUUGUUGGAUCUGUGGAUGGAUCCCGUGUUUGGGGUAAAGAUAUUAAAGGACCUGGUUUGAGUGCAGUCCAGUGGUCACCAGAUAAUACCCUCUUACUUUUUGCACUUUCUAAUGGAGACUUGCAUUUGUAUGAUGACCAAGGCAACUUCAUUAUGCCAGUUGCCAAUAAUUCAAAUGCUGGAUCAAUGGAAAUAAUUUCAAUGGACUGGUAUGUAGGUAGAGCGCCAGCCAUUAGACCUGUCUUGGUGAUUUCUUAUGAAAGUGGACAGCUGCUUUUAAUGAAAAAUUGUACAGAAGAAGAAAGUGUUGUUGUGGAAACUAAUAUGUCUAUUCUGGAUUGUCACUGGAAUCAUAAUGGAACUGUAUUGGCAGUAGCUGGCUGUACAAGGGAUAAAGCUAAUGUAGUUCAGUUUUUCAGCGCUUAUGGGGAGCACAUACGGACACUUCGAGUGCCGGGUGGGUCUAUGAGGGCGCUAUCGUGGGAGCGAUGCUCUCUGCGGCUUUCCGUCGCCAUCGAUUCCUUCAUCUACUUUGCUAACGUGAAACCUGAUCACAAAUACGCAUACUAUGGGAAUACACUUGCUUUUGUUUCCAAUACAGACACUGUAAAAUUUUGGGAUACCGAAACGCAUCAGUCCUGGAUAAAUCACAUUCCCGGUGUAAUUGACAUGUCAGGGGUAGAAGAAUAUUGUAUAAUAGCUACUUUAACACAAUUAAUUGUUUCAAAUCAACAAGGAAUUCAAUGUGACGCAAAGACCAUAAUUAUGCCUGUAACAAGUGUGACAAUAAACAGUAAAGCAACUGUCGUCGCCGCUUCAAAGGAGUCAUUUUUAGUAUGGAAAUUCUCAACUCCUUCAAGACCUGGAUCAUCGGAGCAGUUCUACCACGCGGAUGGAACAUCUCUUGCAAAUGGAGAAAGCGCCAUUCAAGAUGACACUAUCUGUUGUAUAACAUGUUCCGACAGCCAUCUUUUGGUCGGCAGAGAUUCGGGCGCAAUACUCCUAUUCUCGCUUGUAAAUUUAAAAAAGAUAACAUCCAUUAAUAUGAACACGAAACCUUAUAAAAUGGGUCUUAACUCAAAUUCUAGCAAAUUCUUCGUGAUCGAUCAGCCAGGAUCUCUGUAUAUCCUGGACACAGAUAUGGCGAAUAAUGUGAGCGUGGGACAAGUCCUGCGCAAAGACGUGUGGAGUGCACUGUGGGCUUCUGAUAACUGCCAAAUGCUUGCUGUGGCCGAGAAGGCCCGCUUAUACAUUAUGCGGGACAACGAGCCUGAGGAGCCCUUGACAAUGCAAGGAUAUCUGUGCAGAUUUAAGGCAUUAGAAAUAACAACUGCUCUCUUGGAUAACAUAACCGACAACUGCACGCCCCAGCAUAUCGUUCGUGUGGAGGUAAAGUCACUAAGAGAUACGCGGCAGCUCAUAGAAAAAGUUGGUUUGAAAGAAGCCGAGAGUUUUAUAAAGGAUAAUCCGCACCCGCAACUUUGGCUUCUCUUGGCUGAGGCGGCGCUCAAAACUUUCGAAUCGGAAUCCGCUUUAGAAACGGCGGAGGCGGCGUUCGUUAGACGAAACGACUACGCCGGCAUCAGAUUCGUGAACCGCUUGAGGGCUCUGCAUUCUAAUGCACUUAAGAAGGCCGAGAUACACGCUUACUUCAAGGACUUUGAUGCAGCGGAAAAUAUUUAUCACGAAGAAGAUAGGCGAGACUUAGCAAUUGCAUUACGAAGGCGCUUGGGACAUUGGUUCCGUGUCGUAGAAUUGCUGAAGAUGUCAGUGAGCACAACGGACGCUGAGAUAAAAAAUGCAUAUAUCAAUAUCGGAGAUUACUACAUCGAUCGACAAAACUGGGCUGGUGCCAUCGAGUACUAUGCUAUGUCAAAUAAUAAAGAAGGCUUGAAAAAGUGUUACAUGGCUUUGGAGGACAAUGAAUCGUUAGCGAAAUUGUUUACAGGAUCGCAGAAGGAUACGAAGGAUGGAUCGAUGAAACAGCUUAUGAUAGAUAAUAUUAGUGAUGUCAAUCAAACAUUGACGAUUGAGAGUGUAACACAGCUGAAAGAAAGCGGUAGAAUGUUGCAAGCCGCGACAAUGGCUUACCAGCUAGCAAAUAGCGAGGCAUCAAAAAAGUCUUCUCCGUGGCGCAUAAAAAGGCUUUAUAUACUCGCUGGCCACCUCUACAGUCAAAACUCUGUAGAGGGAGCGAAGGGGCGCGAGGCGGCGCGCUGUUUCCGUCUGGGCGGCGCACAGCACUGGCUGUGCGUGGCGAUUAGGCGUGCGCGUGCGCGUCCGAUGCGCGCCGACGCCGCCCACGCCGCGGCCGCCCGCCUCGCAGCCUCCGUUGACGACCUCCAUCCCGCUCAGCACGUGCAGGUUUGGUGUGUCAUCGCCGCUAUAGCGUUACAAGUGCGUGCUUUCGAGUUGUGCUCAAAAGCUUUUAUAAAAUUAGAGUCAUUGGAGCCUGACACAUUCGAAGUUCUUGCAAUUGAAAUAUUUAACCGAUGUAAGCCAAAGGACGCUAAAGGAAACAAAAUCGACUGCCCAAACUGUCAAGUGAGCAUAUUCGAUUGGAACACAAGCUGUCCCUCGUGCGGCGAGCAGUUUCCAGGUUGUGCGGUAUCCGGGCGGGCGCUAUUCGCGGCGCAUACGAUGUGGACGUGUAUCACGUGCGACGCACGCGCCCAGCAACACGAGCUAGUAUUGCGACACUCGUGCCCCAUGUGUCACUCUCAGCUCAAU